GAGACACACAGAGAAAUUCAGACCACAACUGUCAGCCCCCACCGCCUCUUCACCCAUCCUCCUAACCAUCUCUACUACUUUCCCCCACGCUCACUCCUCCAAUCCUCUCUGACCCACCCCAUAGCCCUCCUGCUUCAUUGUACAUCAAAACGCGAUGAAGUUUGUUGUCGCUUCCAUCAUCGCUGCGGCGCUCGGCAUCGCCUCCACAACCCACGGUGCACCCACUCUACCAACCACCGGACCUCUUCCCAAUUCGUACUACUCUCUGCAAUACCAAGACAAUCUGGUCAAGAAUCAGCGCAACAUCGCCGGUCAACCCUUCGCAAAGUACUUUCGACCCGAUCUCUUCCUCUACAAGGAAGCCAUCGAUGCUGGAAAGCAGUCGUUGAACUGCAACACUCAAGCCUUGAAGCAAGAUCUUUCGGACAUUCGUCGUUUGCAAACGCCCAUCACCAACGAACUGCCCGGAGAGAGCGGCUGGUGCUCUUACCCCGAUGGUGGAGGCUACGUAGCAAGCAAGACUUACUGGCCAGGCGUUACUGGCGAAAUGAUCACCUGGUGGUUCUGGUGGCAUUCGGCCGCAAGCGUUCGUUAUUCCCUCUGGCAUCCUUGGGGACACGUCUCCAUCGACUCGACCUACAAGGACAGGCUGGACAAUCCCAAUCUCUUGAACCAACAAAAGUACAUCGGUGCGGUUCAUCACAUCAACGAGAUCAUCGGAGAUCAAUUGCUGCCCAUUGAUAUUCAUUUCAAAAACGUCAGCGAUAUCGGGUUGGAUCCGACUCAAUUGGCACCCAACGGCAUCGUCGCUUCCGCAUCUGGCGAGAUCUACGCUCAAGGAACGCCGUUGAAGAUCGCAAACAUGUAUCACUUUUGGCACGAAGUUCCCGGCGGUCUGAUUUUGCGUUCGCGCUACUUUUUGGGAAACAAUGUUCAAGUGCAGAUUCCUAUUCUGGGUCAAUUCCUUCCCAUCAACCAGAUUGCCGCCUUGCUGGGCAUCAAAAACAUCAUCGCAGGUAGACCCCUCUCUCUGCAGCAAUUCUUCCACGACUCGCAGGAGAUGACCCAUUUGGCUUCCAUCCUGCCCGACCUCUUCAAAGAGUACGGUCAGCUCAGCAAGUCAGGAGGCACUUUCUAGCGCUGCCAAAGGCGCUCCAGUCUUUCACGUCAUUCUUCCCUCUCACACCUCCUACCCUCUUCUCGUUUCCUGCUUGCCUCGCCUCCCAUCCCUCCUGUCUGCCGCUUUGCCCUUCUCGCACUC